CUAUCGACGGACAAUAAAUGUCUACGACCGAUACUGAAACUGACGGUUAGGCUAAGGGUAGUUUCGGUACAUCACCGGAAAAAUGGUUGUUCAGAGGAACGGGGAUAGUUCCGGUAAUUAUUGGAUAAGUAGAUGGGCUUUUCCGUCAAUACACUUCCUCAUCGGAUUACCAAAAAAUGCGAAAUUACGAGAGAAACCCAUCUUUUUACCCCCUAAACCGAGCCGGCAACUUUACCGGUGACGGAAUCUUACUCUGACCUACCCAAUCACGUCGUUCCACGUCAACUCCCCGUAUCGUCUCACGUUCUUCCACGUGUCCCUCCCUACUCACCGACGCCGUCUCCUUCCCGUUUACCCCCCGAACAGAAUAUUAACCCAAACCCUAACCCUAUCUCCUCUUUUACCAACCUCAGAUCCGGCGAAAUCUAAACUCAUGGAGGACGACGAAGAUAUCCGAUCUCGCGGUUCCGAUUCACCUGAUCCAUCUUCUUCGCCGCCGGCCGGACGAAUUACGGUUACGGUGGCUUCAGCUGGUCCGCCUUCUUAUUCUCUGACACCUCCGGCUAAUUCGUCGCAGAAGGAUCCGGAUGCAUUGGCUCUUGCGCUGCUUCCGAUUCAGGCGAGCGGUGGUAGUGGCGGAGGAGCAAAUAGCAGCAGUGGGAGACCAACCGGUGGCGGCGGGAGGGAGGAUUGUUGGAGCGAAGGUGCUACGGCUGUGUUGAUUGAUGCGUGGGGUGAGAGAUACUUGGAGCUUAGCAGAGGUAAUCUGAAGCAGAAGCACUGGAAAGAGGUGGCUGAGAUCGUGAGCAGCAGGGAGGAUUACGGUAAAAUUCCCAAAACUGAUAUACAGUGUAAGAAUAGGAUUGAUACGGUGAAGAAGAAGUAUAAACAAGAGAAGGUGAGAAUCGCUACGGGGGGUGGCCGUAGCAGAUGGGUCUUCUUUGACAAGCUUGACCGUCUGAUUGGAUCAACAGCGAAGAUCUCAACCGCAACUCCUGGAGUCAGCGGUGGUGGAGGUCCUGGAGUAGGAGGAGGGUUGCACAAGAUUCCUAUGGGUAUUCCUAUGGGCACUCGUUCGAAUCUUUACCAUCAGCAAGCUAAGGCUGCUGCUGCGACGCCUUCCUUUAAUAACCUUGACCGUCUAAUCGGAGCUACGGCGAGGGUCUCAGCUGCUUCAUUUGGUGGCAGCAGCGGCGGAGGAGGAGGAUCCGUCAAUGUACCUAUGGGAAUUCCGAUGAGUAGCCGUUCAUCUCCGUUUGGACAGCAGGGUAGGACGCUGCCACAGCAAAGUAGGAUGCUGCCGCAGCAACAGCAGCAAGGGAUGGUGGUGAAGAGGUGUAAUGAGUCAAAACGUUGGCGUUUCAGGAAGAGGAAUGCUUCUGAAUCAGACUCGGAAUCCGAAGCAGCAAUGUCAGAUGAUUCAGGGGACAGUUUACCACCUCCUCCUCUGUCGAAGAGGAUGAAGACAGAGGAGAAGAAAAGGCAAGAUGGUGAUGGAGUGGGGAACAAGUGGAGGGAGCUAACUCGGGCAAUCAUGAGAUUUGGUGAGGCUUAUGAGCAAACAGAGAAUGCGAAACUGCAACAGGUGGUUGAGAUGGAAAAAGAGAGGAUGAAGUUCUUAAAGGAAAUGGAGUUGCAGAGAAUGCAGUUCUUUGUGAAGACUCAAUUGGAGAUAUCACAACUUAAGCAGCAAGAUGGGGGGAGAUUGGGAAACACCACCAGUAAUGAUCAUCACAGCCGCAAGAACAACAACAUCAAUGGGAUUGUCAACAACAGCAACAACAAUGUGGGUAAUAACUAGAGUUUUAGUGAUUCAGGGUCGUAAUUGAUAUAUUUUUAGAUUUUGAGUCGUGACUUGUUGAAAGAGAAACUUAUCUAGGCUUGAUGAGUGUAUUAAUGUUUUGCAUAUCUUUGUUAACUUUGGUCAACAUGGAACAGAUUUAACAUCCUUUAAUGAUCCUUGCAUAACUUUUCCUCUGACACAUUGAA